AAUAUAGAUAAUGGGCUGUGUGCAAUGCAAGGAUAAAGAAGCAACGAAACUCACAGACGACCGAGACACCAGCAUCUCCCAGAGUGCCACGGUCUACCGCUAUGGCGCCGACCCCACGCCGCAGCACCAGCUAUACCCCAGCUUCGGGGUCACCGCCAUCCCCAACUUCAACAACUUCCAGGCGCCCGUCGGCCAGGGGAUGACCGUCUUCGGAGGGGUCAACACCUCCUCCCACACCGGGACCCUACGCACCCGUGGCGGAACAGGAGUCACGCUCUUCGUGGCACUUUACGACUACGAGGCGCGGACAGAGGACGACCUCAGCUUCAGGAAAGGGGAGAAGUUUCAGAUUAUCAACAGCACUGAAGGGGACUGGUGGGAUGCUCGUUCCCUUACCACUGGUGAAAAUGGCUACAUUCCCAGUAAUUACGUGGCUCCAGUGGACUCCAUCCAGGCUGAGGACUGGUACUUUGGGAAACUGGGCCGGAAGGAUGCAGAGAGACAGCUGCUGUUCACUGGUAACCCCCGUGGCACCUAUCUCAUCAGGGAGAGCGAAACCACAAAAGGUGCCUUCUCCCUGUCCAUACGAGACUGGGAUGACGUGAAGGGAGACCACGUGAAGCAUUAUAAGAUCCGUAAGCUGGACAGCGGAGGUUACUACAUCACUACCAGGGCUCAGUUUGAGACCCUGCAGCAGCUGGUGCAGCACUACUCAGAGCGGGCCGCGGGGCUGUGCUGUCGCUUGGUAGUGCCCUGCCACAAAGGGAUGCCCCGCCUCACCGACCUGUCCGUCAAAACCAAAGAUGUGUGGGAGAUCCCGCGGGAGUCACUGCAGCUCAUCAAGCGUCUGGGGAAUGGGCAGUUUGGGGAGGUCUGGAUGGGAACGUGGAACGGCACCACUAAGGUGGCAGUGAAGACGCUGAAGCCAGGCACCAUGUCUCCUGAGUCCUUCCUGGAGGAAGCCCAGAUCAUGAAGAAGCUCCGCCAUGACAAGCUGGUGCAGCUCUACGCUGUGGUGUCUGAGGAACCCAUCUACAUCGUCACUGAGUACAUGGGCAAAGGAAGCCUCCUGGAUUUCCUGAAGGAUGGGGAGGGACGAGGACUGAAGCUGCCCAAUCUGGUUGACAUGGCAGCCCAGGUGGCAGCAGGCAUGGCGUACAUCGAGAGGAUGAACUACAUUCACAGAGACCUGCGCUCAGCUAACAUCCUGGUCGGGGACAACCUAGUGUGUAAGAUCGCCGACUUCGGAUUGGCCAGGCUGAUUGAGGACAACGAGUACACAGCACGGCAAGGUGCUAAGUUCCCUAUUAAGUGGACAGCCCCGGAGGCUGCGCUGUAUGGGAAGUUCACCAUCAAGUCCGACGUGUGGUCGUUCGGCAUCCUUCUCACUGAGCUGGUCACUAAGGGACGGGUACCCUACCCAGGGAUGAACAACCGGGAGGUGCUGGAGCAGGUGGAGCGAGGGUACAGGAUGCCCUGUCCCCAGGACUGCCCCAUCUCCCUCCACGAGCUCAUGGUGCAGUGCUGGAAGAAGGAUGCCGAGGAGAGGCCCACCUUCGAAUACCUGCAGGCCUUCUUGGAGGACUACUUCACGGCCACGGAGCCACAGUACCAGCCAGGGGACAACCUCUAAACGCUGGCCUCUGGGCUGCGAACAGGACUGGACUGAAUCGUAGCUCUCUGGAGCCCCACCAGGGACCAGGGACCUGUACAUCUUCCUCAACUCAACAGAGCAUCUUUUCUCAACUCUCCUCACUCUCCGUGGCAGACCCUGAGACUCAACAGACUGGAUACCAGAGGGAGGGAGGGAGAUUUGGGUGUGGGUGGGUUUGUGAUGAUGCAAUGAAAUGCCUGUAUUCAAUGUAAAUAUGAACAGCUCGUUUGCUUAACUUUUGGGUUUUAUUUUGUUGGUUUGUUUGUUUGACAUAUUUUCUCCAGCAUAGCAAUGAUGAUGAUGAUGAUGAUGAUGAUGGUGGUAAAGAAAUUAUGACCAUUUCAAAAGUGCACCAUGAGACCAAUAUCUCAAGAUAUCUGGUCUAUUCCAAUCCAGAUUCUCUUCCAAUCCAGAUUCUCUUCCAAUCCAGAUUCUACGGGACAUUCCUUUCUUUGCAAAGUCAUCUGUUUUACCGACUUCAGGCAAGCAUGACAAAGUACUCCAUUGACUUUUUUUUAGCACUGCUUCCCAUGAAGUAAGUUUGAUAUUAUUUUACUUUUAUUUUGUGUAAGAUAGCUUUGUCCUCCUCAUAAUAAUAGAUGUUAGGCUAAUGCUGUAACAAAGUUAUUUUACAAAUAAUGUAUGUUACAUUUUGUAAUUACAGCCAAACGUGUAAGAAUUAUACUUUUGAACAUAUCUCUUCUCGCUUACCAGAUUUUAAGAAAAAUUAAGAAUGGGAAAAAAUCUGUCUUUCCAGUUAUUAGUUAGUGUAUACUGGAAGGAUAUGCAGUUUAUUUAAGAAGAGAAAGAUGUAUGUCUACAUUUAAUGGUUCCAUUUCAUGGUCCUUGUUUACUCCAUGAUGCGUAGCCAUGUACUGGGAAGUCCUAGUGGGUAACGUCUCUUCCUCCCUCUGUGAACAGUGACAUGUCCCCAUCCUCAAUACUCAUGUCCCACCCUAGGUCUGUCUGUAUGAGGCAUAGCACCACCAGUAGGAUCCUUUCUCAGCUCAUUUCUGGACCACUUCCUUUGGAUUACUUUACCUUUUUAUGUUUAAACUGACAUGGAUAUUUUAAGUAUUUGUGUCUUCUGUUUCAGAGUAUGUUUUAUUUAACCUUAAAGCUUUGAGGAAUGGGUUGUACUGUAUCUUCAAAGGGAAUGUUGCAAAGACACUGGUGAAGCAUCCAGCUGUAAAGCUUGACCUUGUUUAGUCUAAAUGUAGUAUUUGUUCUUAUCUUAUGACGGUUUAAGUGAUCAUCAGGAUCUGUUUAAGAUUGAACCCCCUCGUUGUUUUUCAGUUUUACAGCUUAAUGGUUUUAAAAGUGUCAGUAACUUUCCUAGUUUAUUUCUUCCAUUUUCCAUUUUUUUACAUUUCUGUUUUGUUAAUUCAGUGACUUGGCAUUUGAAAUUCAAAAAGAACAAUAAACAUUUUACACUCUU